AUGGCUCUCGAUAUAAUCAAUGAAUACUUUCGCUUGGAGAAGAUUGGCGAAGGCACCUACGGUGUGGUUUACAAAUGUCGGUGUCGGAAGUCAAAUACUUUAAAGGCAAUGAAAAGAAUUAAACUUGAGAACUUCGAUGACGGCAUUCCAGCCACUGCAUUAAGAGAGAUUGCAUUACUCAAAGAAGUUGCACAUCCCAAUAUCGUGAAUCUUGAGCGCAUUGUAAUGGAUCGCGGUCGUUUGUUUCUUAUAUUCGAAUUCUUAACCUUCGAUCUUCGAAAGUAUAUAGAAAAACAACCCAAUCGUCUUAUUUCAAACAAGCUCAUGCAAUCCUUUAUGUAUCAAAUGCUUCAGGGUCUUUUGUACUGUCAUGCUCGCCGUAUCAUUCAUCGGGAUUUAAAACCCCAGAAUGUGCUCGUUGAUGUAGAGAGAAAUGUCGUAAAAUUAGCGGAUUUCGGUUUAGCAAAGUCGCUAGGCUAUCCACCGCGUAAAAUGACGCACGAGAUUGUAACCCUAUGGUAUCGGGCACCUGAAAUCAUGUUUGGUGAAGAUUACUACUGUGCUGGUGUAGAUAUGUGGGCUAUGGGCUGUAUUUUCGCUGAACUUGCUGCGGGUGAUCCGAUUUUCCGUGGGGACUCAGAAAUCGACCAGUUAUUCAAGAUAUUCAAAAUUCUUGGCGUUCCUACUGAAGAAACUUGGCCUGGUAUAACUAGACUUCGCGAUUACAAUCCCAUAAUUUAUCCCGAAUGGCACUCCUUUAGAAUCUACGAUAUAGCAGAAUUUCAGGGUCGUCUAAAUGAGGACGGAUUUGAUUUGCUCUCUAAAAUGUUGUUAUACGACCCUGUGAAGAGAAUUAGUGCCCAGGAGGCUCUUUUACAUCCCUAUUUCUCCGAUUUCGACUUGGAUUCUGUCCCCGCAGUUGGAGAAGAAUUUGUUGGUUUGCCUCCAAGCAGAAUUCCAGAGAAAUUCCUCGAGCUCUUCCAGUCUGCUGCCACCAUUACCGAUGACGUUACCGAAGAAGAGGCAGAAACCAAAAAGUUGAAUAUCCUGCCUAGUACAGUGAUGUUGGGUGCCUCUACUUAUCAAGUCGCAGCUGCUAGAGAUCAAGUGAUGCAGGAACAAGCUGGCGCUGAGAUUGAAGAAACUGAGGAAGAGGAGGAUGAGGAGAUUUUCAUGGAUGUACGGGAACCCAAAAAACGUGCCCUACAGCCCCUGAACGAGAACCAACAGGUCAAUAUGUCGUUAGAUUAA